AUGAAGUGCUUGGUUCUGCGCUUUCAAGGAGUUCCCGCCCGACUUAAGGUAUUAGAGUUCUUCAACAAACACGCCGAAGUACGUUGUGUACGGAUGGCUGGAACUGAGUUUGACCGGGCAGCUUACGUGGAGUUUACUCAACAGCCAUCCAUCAUCAAAGCCUUCGGCCUUAUGGGGGCUACGCUGAACGGUCGUCAGAUUAUGGUGCAACAUUCUAACUGUGCUAUCAUCAAACCUGCCAACAAUGUGACGACGCUUGAUGAUAUAACUAAGCGUUCAGCUGUAAACGAGUCGAGUGGUGGACACGGCAGUAAACAUAGUGAUCGUGCUCGUUCACGCUCCCGAUCUCGGGCCCGACGUUCACGGUCCAGGCGUAGAUCAACUUCAAGAAGAUAUCGAAGUCGCUCCAGAGAUAGACGCCGCUCUCCUUCUCGCCAUAGUCGAGACAGAAGACGAUCGCGGACACGGUCUCGUUCUAGGUCCCAUGGGCAUCGACACCACACACGUUCGCGUAGCAGAGAUCGUCGCAGAAGCGACCGUGUAAGAUCAAGGUCUCGUAACCACAGGAAGUACCGGCAUUCCCGUUCGCGUUCUGGUCGUCGAUAUUCACGGAGUCGAUCAAGAGGUCGUCGGAGUGACCACUAUGACCGAAUCAGUAGAAGCAUUAGAGAGAGAGAGCGGCCCCGAGAUCGUGAAAGAGAUCGGGAGAAAAUUCGGGAGAGAGAUCGAGAAAAAGACCGUGAACGUAAUCGUGAACCUGACCGCAGAGAACGAGAACGCGAUAAGGGUCGUCACUAUGACAAAGAUCCAGAACGCAGACGUGAUAGUAAACCAGGAAAACACCGUGAUGCUACACCAAAGCAAAGUAAUAGUCAUGAAACCAGUAGACACGACAAAAGAGAAAGAAAUACAGAAGCAAAUGGAACGAACCGUCGUCGAAGCCUGACCCCUAAAGACGACAUUCCACCCACACGAAAGAGUAAGUUAAACAAUAGUAGCUGUAGCAAUAGUGACGACGAGAGUGCCAAGGCAUGCAGUGCCGAGUUGAUCGAGAAUGGCAAGACGCAAAGUGAUGACGAAAGUCAGUCGGGCACUGAUCAGCAGACCAAACCAACGGUUGUAGGUGUAAAGUUGGCAGGCCCUGAGGAUAUGGACCAUAUAUCUCCCGAGGACUCACCAAUAAAAUCACCCGCUUCGCAUAAUUCAUCCGAAAGUGAUUCAUCCGGUGAAGCCAUGGACACAGAAGCGUAG